CUCGCGAUAGUUCCAAACACAUGGCUACCCACUUGUGUUUACAACUUCUCGAUGAACUGGUAAGCAGCGCAGAAGUUCCCUGCAAAAAAGACGUCGACUUGUAUCUGCGGGCUUUCUUGUGUUCCUCGCUUGUGUGAAAACUUUUGAAGCCGCAAAGAGGGGAAAGGACACGAAGCUCAGCGUCAACGGUCAGAAGAGCUACAGCAGGUGGGUGAUGUCCUCAAACCCCGACAGACUCAGCCGUCCACACUGCAGGAGGAAGCACUAUCCCAGUAGCACUUACCUCACCCACGUCUGACAGCCCCCCGCCGGACUGUGGGCCUCAAAAUCCUGUGAGGAGGAACGAUAAAGCCAUGUCUGAUUCAGCUGGAGGUGGAGAGAGCGGAGGCGUGGCGGCUGGUGGGCAGGACUCUGAAGCAGAUGGCGAGCCCCCUCAACAGGUCCCGACGCUACUCUGUCAUUCUGAGCAGGUAGAGCAGGAGACCCAAGAGGAUGAGCUUCCACCAUCAGCCAAGCGCUCCAGGAUGAGAGAGGAGGAGCCAGGAGAUGGACCACCAAGGGAGUCUGGAUCUGCACAGGGCGACACCUCCACAUCGGCACAAACAACGUACGAGUUACAGCAACCUGAGGGAGAAGAUCAGAGAGAUGAAGACGUAGCAGAAUGCCACCAGAACGGAGACGGAGGACCUGAUGCUGCAGAAGGAGAGGAGACGAGACAAGAGGAGGAGUGUGAUGGCGAUGAAGCAGCAGACAGCCCCACAACAGGACAGCACCUCAACCUGGAUUUUACCCAGAAUCCCUCAAUGCUGACUGAUUCCCGGACGGAGUACUCCAGCUUUCCAGAGAAUUACCUGAAAGGUUGCAAAUGGGCUCCCGAUGGUUCCUGCAUCCUGACUAACAGUGCCGACAACGUUCUGCGCGUGUACAACCUCCCUCCAGAGAUUUACAGCUACAGCUGGGACUCCAUCCCUGAGAUGAGCCCAGUGCUCAGGAUGGCUGAAGGAGACACCAUCUACGACUACUGCUGGUUCCCGAAGAUGAGCUCGUUGGAGCCAGUCACAUGUUUUCUGGCCAGCAGCAGCCGCGACAACCCGGUGCACAUUUGGGACGCGUAUUAUGGCAAAGUGCAGGCCAGCUUCCGGCCCUAUAACCACCUGGACGAGCUGACGGCAGCGCACUCGCUCUGCUUCUCGCCCGACGGAGAGCAGCUGUACUGCGGCUUCGAGAAGAUGGUCCGAGUCUUCUGCACAGAGCGACCGGGCCGAGACUGCGAGGAGCGCCCGACUGUGGUGAAGAAACGAGGCCAGAGCGGCAUCAUCUCGUGCUUCGCCUUCAGCCCGUGUCAGUCGGUCUACGCCUGCGGCUCGUACUCCCGCUGCGCCGGCCUCUACUCCUGUCAGGACGGCACCCUGCUGGCGCUGCUGCCCACCCGCCACCACGGAGGCCUCACCCAUCUGCUCUUCUCCCCCGACGGCAACUACCUGUACACCGGAGGCCGCAAGGACCCAGAGAUCCUGUGCUGGGACCUGAGGGACCCGGGGAAAGUCGUGUUUUCCCUGAAGCGGAACGUUGCCACUAACCAGCGCAUCUACUUCGACCUGGACCAAUCAGGCAGACACCUGCUGAGCGGAGACACCGAGGGAGCCUUGUCCGUCUGGGACACUCAGACGGCGCCCCCCGAUGGAAACGAAGAGCUGCUGCAGCCACAGAUCCGCUUCCAGGCCCACUGGGACUGCACCAACGGCGUCAGCGUUCACCCCUUCAUGCCGAUUCUGGCCACCUCCAGCGGGCAGCGCCAGUUCCCCUGGCCCACCGACAGCGAGGGCGAGGGCGACUCCGCCUCCGACACCGAGGGAGGCGGAGGAGGAGGCGGAGGAGGAGGAGGCGGAGGAACGCUGCAGCAGGAGGUCCGGCAAGACAACGCACUGACGCUGUGGUGGGCCGGACCGCUGAGCCCACCCGCUGAGGAGAGCCAAGACCAGAACGCUGCAGCUGCAGAGACCUCAAGUGUCCCAUUAGCUUGACCAGUUAGAGCACACAGACGGUGCUGCACCUUUGAUAUCUUUGGUUUUCUUCAACUUCAAUAUCAUUUUAUUCAGUGUUUUGGUUUUGCUGUUGAGCACAAUUUUCUAGCCGUCAGUUUAAAUAAUCAGAGUCCUGUAUUUUAAUUUCAACAGCGUUUGCACACGCAAACCCCAAAUCAGUGAAGAACCACAGUUCCUAUACAUUUUUAUUAAUGGAUGGAUAGUUCUACAUACUUUUUUCCAGACUUACAAAAUCCUAACCUUUCCAGAUUUGUGUGGAACCCAGAAUCCAACAUAUCAAACUUGAUGACUCUGCAUUCGUCGUAGUUCAAGUUUCAUCAGGUUGGACCAAAAAUCCAGUUCAGAUAAAAUCAAAGUUUUAAUAAAAAUCUGUUUUUGUUUUUCUUGUCAUUUUAAUCCAGAAAAUCUGCUGCUGGAGUCGCUUGAAUCUUCAGUGAAGGCUUGUGUCUGUGAUUCGGUGUGUGUGUGUGUGUGUGUGUGUGCGUGCGUGCGUGCGUGCGUGUGUGUGUGUGUGUGUGUGUGUGUGUGUGUGUGUGUGUGUGUGUGUGUCCUGACCGGAGCUGUAACUGUGGGAGUGUUUGUUUGUGUGUGUUUGGCUCCAGCGCUGCCCUUGGAGAUUGCCUCACUGCCACAGCAACAAGUGCCAUUUGUUUCCCCGACCUUUGCUUUUAUAAACCGAGAGUCUCCUGUUUUUCUUACCGUGUCCUUUGUAAAGCAGCUGACGUACCGAGAGCCGAGUCGCGCCUCAUGCCCACAGAUGUAUAUUUUUGUAACGCUGUGCCGAUUCUCUGAAUGUCUCGUCUUUGAGCGGCCAGCUUAACUCUCGCUACGCUCUGUGAAAGUCUUUAAUAAGUGGGUGCAGCUGCUAAACGAGUGUUAUUUUUCCUACUGUUUGAAUAUAUGUGUGUGUGUGUGUGUGUGUGUGAGAAACACAAAACUGGUUUGAAGGAGGGAUUUCUCUCCGUUUCUGUCGCCAGUGCGAGGAUUCAUGUUGUUGCAGGGCUUCUGUGCUAUCUAUCCAACAUAUGCCUUUUUUAUAAUCAGACACUUAGAAAUUAAUCAGUUUUUAACGCCGCCACACUUCUUUAAACUCGUCCCUGUUGCCAAGCAUUAUUAUUUCCACUCAGUGAUAAUACUGUACCAAUAUAUUCUCUACUAAGGCUCAUUCAGAACCAUGUGGGGCUUGAAGAUGCCAAACAAUUCUCCGGCUAGAUGUCUCUGAUGCUUCAAUCCAAAGCUGGAGUGAAUUAAACUCGUCUCAACUCA